UGAUGCCCAUUCUAAUUAGAAUGGUACAUUUUAAUGAUUUCAUUUGAAAGAACUAACAAAAAUCUACCUUCUGUUCAAAUUCCAUUGCAAAUAUCUGAUAAAAUGAAGAAGUUACCAGCAAAACAUGUGAAUAGUAUGAAUUUCCGGUCACAUGAUUUCUAUUGUAGGCUAGCCUAAUAUUUUAAUAUAAUCACUGAUAUUAUACAUAUCCUAACUUUCUCAAUCCUCAACUGAUUUUCACAAUCCAGGUACCAUUGCAAAGGGAAUUUUCUCUGCUCUGUCUAGUCAUGUGAUCAAUUUUGAGUUUAGGGAGGUUUGAAAAUGUUGUCAUCAUACCUAAUUUGCCGGUGACACUGACAGCAACUAACAUGUGGUUAAUAUACGUGGACACAAAUUCACUCUUAUGAACAGAAGCAGAGAAUGAGCCGGGGAGAGAUGCCAAGACUAACAAAGGAGAGGUGAAAAGGACUUACUUGAAACUGUUCUGUUAAAAUUUGGUUUAAUCCAAGACGCUGGUCAUCACAUUAGUAGACUAGCUUAGAAUGACAAAGUUUGCCACGCGACGUUCCAUCUGCAUUCUCCUGGCUUGGGGUCUCAUCAUGGCGGUGAUGCUUCACUUGUCUGUCAAGGAGACACCGCCGGACAUACCUGUGAUCUACGUCAUCACCCCAACUCAUACGAGACCAACGCAAAAGGCCGACCUGACCCAACUGGGCAACACCUUGCGCCAGGUCCCGAACCUUCAUUGGAUCGUCGUAGAGGACGCCGACUUUAAGUCGCCCCUGGUGGCUAAGUUCUUAUUAAAUUCGCGGAUAUCGUACACUCAUCUGAAUGUCUCCAAACCUGGUUAUUGCAAGUCAGGAUGCGUGGCCAAAGGGAGCGAACAGAGAAACCUCGGCUUGGACUGGCUUCGGCGGAACAGGGGACCCCUUGACUCUGGUGUGGUGUACUUCGGAGAUGAUGACAACACAUAUGACCUGGAGCUCUUCGAGGAGAUGCGUUACACAAAGCAUGUGUCGGUGUGGCCAGUGGGGCUGAUAGCCGCUCGUUGGUACGAGCGGCCGUUGGUGCACGACGGGAGAGUUGUGGGCUGGUACACGGGAUUCCCUGGAAGGAGAUUCGGUACAGACAUGGCAGGCUUUGCAGUUAAUCUGAACCUCAUCCUGGCCAAUCCCGAAGCUCGCUUCAUUUUGAAGGGGGCCAGGAACGGAAUGCAGGAGUCUGACUUCCUGAGCAAACUCACUAAGCUCGAGUAUCUCGAACCCAAAGCAAACAAUUGUACAAAGGUUUUGGUUUGGCACACACGGACAGAGGAGGCACCACUCCACAAACAUGUCAAAGAAAAUGUGGACAUCGAGGCGUAAAGGUGCUUCACCAAUUUGCAGCAAUUUUCAGCAGGAAAAUUUGGUAUGGGAAGACUGAUCUACUGUGAUGUCUACAGAACACUAUGCUGUGAUGAUACUGUAUAAAGAACACCAGACAUUAGUCAACUCUCAAUAAAAUAUGUUUAAAUGUAAAUAAAAAUACACAAGCUCCUGAUCUCUGUAGGAUAUAGUGGCAUAACUGAAGAAAAUUUGAGAAGAGACUAAUCUGUUUUUGCAUCAAGUCCUGCUCAUCAUCACAUACAAAGCAAUGGCUCUUUCAAUUGCGGCAUUUCUUCAUUUUUCAACCAUCUUUUAUCCCUUUUCCUGUGUAGCUUCUUCUUUCUCUUUACACCCCCCACCUCCUCCUCUUAACACUCAAUGCCAUGAAUGAUGUCUUCUCAUCUCUCCUAACUCUCUUACAGGAUUUUUCUGUGUGUAUUUACUAAAUAAAUGGUUUACAUACAAA